CACUCGGCUCGGCUCGUAAACAACCCUACUGUCCUACCAACAAAGAUAUAGAUGUUGAGUUCGAGGGUGUAUGCAGAGUCAAGACAGCACAUUCGUGUAUACGAGUAUGCGCAGCUUCAGAACACCCCAACUCCAAUUCCUCCGCCGUGUUUCCUCCAUCUCCGCCCCCUUUGCCACCCGCUGCUACUCUUCAUUCAACAAUACUGACCCACUCCUCACCACUCUCUCCGAAGCCAUCGCCAACAACUCCAUCCCACUCGAGACCUCCAUUCGCACCCUCCUCCCAUCUCUCAAACCCUCCCACAUCAUCCACCUUAUCACCACCAACCCCCACUCUCUUUCCCCACACGCCCUCUUCUCCUUCUUCCAAUGGCUCUCAACUCGCCCCCCUUUUCGUCACACCCUCCAAUCUUACUUCACCAUGAUCACGCACCUCUCAGCUCAUCACAUGUAUCCACAAGCCCAAUCUCUACUCCAUAUCAUAGUCUCACAAAAAGGCAAACACUCUGCUACUUCCGUCUUUCAAGCAUUUGUACAAACACAAGGUACCCAACAUGAAUCACACCACGAUUUUGUGCUUAAUUCUUUGAUCAACUGUUAUGUGGAUAAUGGGUUUGUUUCCGAUGCUGUUCAGUUAAUUAGGCUUGCAAAGGAGAAGAAUUUUAGGGUUUGUUUCGAGUGUUAUGAUCGAGUUUUUGAGUGUUUGUUGAAGUCGAAUAACAAUGUGGGUGCUUGGGGUUUUUAUUUGGAGGUUUUGGGAUGUGGGUAUUCUCCGAAUGUAUAUGUUUUUAAUAAGUUGAUGCAUAGGUUUGUGAAGGAAGGUAUGGUUUAUGAUGCGAACAAGGUGUUCGAUGAAAUGCCUAAGUGGGGGGUGAGGCCGAGUUUGGUUAGUUUUAAUACUUUGUUGAAUGGGUAUUGUAAAUUAGGGAAAUUGAGUGAAGGGUUUAGGUUGAAGAAGGUUAUAGUAGAGAAUGGGCUUGUACCGGAUGUGUUUACUUACAGUGUUAUGAUUAAUGGGUUGUGUAAAGGAGGUAAGUUAGGUGACGCGCAUCAGCUGUUCGAUGAAAUGUGUAAAAGAGGUUUGAACCCAAAUGAUGUUAUAUUUACCACGCUGAUUAAUGGGUUGUGCAGAAAUGCGAAGGUCGAUUUGGCUAUGCAAAUGUACGGUAAAAUGGUGGUUAGAGGUGUGAAAGCGGAUUUGAUUACUUUUAACACACUUAUUAAUGGCCUUUGCAAGAGCGGUAGAAUAACCGAAGCUAGGUAUCUAAUAGAUGAAAUGACCCGGGUAGGAUUAAAAGCCGACAAAGUUACAUACACGUCUCUUCUUGACGGGUGUUGCAAAGAGGGAAAUUUGGAUAUGGCACUUGGGGUUAAGGAGAAAAUGGUGAAUGAAGGCGUCGAGCUUGAUAAUGUGACAUUCACAGCACUAAUAUCGGGCUUAUGCAGGGAAGGAUUAGUCAUAGAGGCAGAAAAGACGUUGAGGGAAAUGAGGAAGUCGGGUUUGAAAACCGAUGCUGCAACUUACACCAUGGUUAUUGACGGGUUCUGUAAGAAGGGUGACGUUAAGACGGGGUUCCAUUUGCUAAAGGAGAUGCGUCGGGAUGGAGUUAUACCAGGAGUUAUAACAUAUAACGUGCUGAUGAUCGGGUUGUGUAAACUUGGGCAGUUGAAAAAUGCAAAUAAGUUGUUGCGAUCGAUGCUUGAUUUGGGUGUGCUUCCAGAUGACAUAACGUAUAAUAUUCUUUUGGAUGGUCAUUGUAAAUAUGGUGAUCCAGAAUUGUUUGAGAAAUUGAGUAGUGAAAAAGGACUUAUUAGUGAUUAUGCUUCUUAUAUCUCUUUAGUUGAAGUGUCUACUAAACAUUAUUAUUAUAAGAGAUGACGUUUGUUCA